AUGUUGGCCGUCGUAGUCGUUCGUGUGAAGGCUCCCGCAUUGAUCGAUAAAUCGGAAGACGAGGAUGCAAAGAAGAGUGACGCCCCAGUGGUUACUUCUCAGCCCGAUGCCAUACCUCUUCCCUAUACCGGCGACGCCUAUCCUCCCAAGACCCAGCAGAAUGGACCAAGUAAUGUCUCGCCGCCUAACGACCCGGUUGGCACCUACAAGAGCUUUGGAAGCCCAGAAAACUCGUAG